CUUACGCCAUCGACGCGACGCGUUCCUGCCAGAACACACCGAGAGAACGCGUCGCAACGCAGGUCCAUGGCCGCCUACUCGCUCGUGAGCCACCUCCUAGGAUUGAAGGACCGGCACAACGGUAAUAUUUUACUGGACAACAAGGGCCACGUCAUCCACAUUGAUUUUGGCUUCCUCCUCGGCACGGCGCCCGGCGGCUCGUUCUCGCUGGAACGGGUCCCGUUCAAGCUCACGGCGGAGCACGUCGAGGCCAUGGGCGGCUGGCAGAGCGACGGGUUCGCGGACUUUGUGGUGUUGCUCUGCUGCGGCUUUUCGGCGCUGCAGAAGCAUUCGUCGAAAAUCCUCGCGCUCGUCGAGGUCAUGGCGCGCGACUCGCCGUUCCCCUGCUUCAAGACGGGGACCGCCGCCGUCGAGAAGAUGCGGAGUCGCUUGAAACUGCAUCUCACGACGAACGAGCAGGUCGCGGCGCACGUCGCGGAUCUCGUGAGGCAGUCGUACAACGCGUACGGCACGCGGCAGUACGACAGCUUCCAGUACCUGACGAACGGUAUCUAUAGCUGA